AUGAGGGAAGUUCCCGAGUGGUUCAGCGUCGUGAAUAUGAUCAUUGUUUUCAGCUACGUUCUGGAAAUUUUCUUGAAGUUGAGAGCCUAUGGUUUCAGAGGUUUUUUCCUCGGACCAGAGAAAGUUUGGAACAUCUUUGAUUUUCUCAUCGUUGCCUUGUCAUUAUCAGAGACCAUGCUUGAGAUCAUGGCACUGAUGAGUUCCGCAACGAAUCUGGACUCUUCGUAUCUUCGCUCCAUUCGUUUCAUCCGAGUGGUACGCGCCCUGCGAGGCAUCAGGGUGAUCCGGCUGAUUCACUACAUUGGUGCUUUGAGGACGCUCGUGUUUUCCAUCGUAAGCACAGCUGGAUCGUUGGUUUGGACGUUGGUGCUCUUGAUUUUAGUGUUCUACAUUUUUGGAGUGAUUAUCGCCCAAAUCGUCACGGAUCACUGCCGCGAAUCUGCUCAGAGAUCUACUGGAGAUUUGGAUGCACUACCUUCUUGUGAAAAAGAUGCAAGCCGGUAUUGGUUCGGUGUGAGUGAGAGCAUGUUCACUCUCUUCAUGGCCAUCACAGGUGGUAUCAGCUGGGAAGAUGCAUUAAAACCCUUGCGAGAUAUUUCUUCUGUUGCUGUUGCUUGUAUGGUCUUGUACAUAGUGAUUGCAGUCUUCGCAAUCUUGAACGUGUUGGCUUUGUGGUGCACCUGUGCUUUCAUCCGUGCUUCGGGAGGUGGACCAUGA